AUGGCCAGGCUUGAAGACGUGGAUGCACCUCUGGAAGCACAGCUCUUGAGGCUCUGCUCGAGCAGGGAAAGAAUUGCUGCAGGUGCUGGCGAGUGGGAGGUUAAGCACGUAAGGGCCUGUGGGGGUAAGGCUAAGUUUGGUGACUUACUUUGCUGGUGGGAAGCUAGCAUGGUUAUCCCUUACGGCAGUUACCUGUGUUGGGUUGAUUACUCAAGGGGUGUCAUUUUCUGUGACGUUAAUCACCCUAGCCCUGACCUCCAGUACGUCUCCUUGCCAGUGGAUCACAUUCCUGUUGGAUAUCCUGACCCAUUCAGCAGAGGAUGGCCGCAGUUGUCCCGGACUGUGUGCGUUACCAAGAAUGAAACAUUGAAGUUUGUCAAUAUUGCCCGGAGCGAUGGCAUGCUAUCUGGCGAGAGUGAUCCUGGUUCCAGUUUCACAAUCACCAUCUCGACGCUGCACCAUGGCUACAAUAAUAUGUGGUGGGUGACAGAUAUCACAAUAAUUCCCUCUGGUGAGCAUGGAUGA